AUGGACGUGCAGUGCAGAGAGGAAAGACGCGCGGAGACGGACGGGGGAAGCGAGGGGAGAGAGCGUGUGAUCCAGGGGUCCAUCAUCACUCACACAGACCUGACACCGGCUUCACAUCAGUCUGAGCAGGACACAGAGAACUCCCGCUGGCUGGCACACUUCUUCUGCCCCUGCGUAUUUUGGACACACCAGGCUGAUACCACUGGCUUCAGGGGGGAGGGGAUGGCAGCGCAGAGGAGGGCAAAGCCAAGGGCCCGGCUUCAGGACUGCGACUCCCCUGAUGCUCAGCCUGUCGGUGGGUUCUGUGUGUUUGAGCUGGGGCCGUCCUGCAGGGCCCCACCAUCUGAUGCCGCCUGCACCAUGUGGACGGGCUCCUCUGGUGCAAGGCUUCCCCUCCGCACCCCUCGCUGUUAA